GCACCUAACUGAGGAGAGCAGCGCAUUGUUCAAAAAAUUUCAACGCAUUCAGGCGGAGUAAACAGCCCGGUAGCCCAGAAAACCGCAGUUGAAAACCCAUGGAGAGGAUUUACCAGAUAUUUCGAUAGUGUUUAAUUCUUUAGACAAUUUAGGUGAGACAGAAAGGUUGGCUAUUUCAAACAUUGGGAUCUAAGCGAAGGAAUUUAAAUCUGACCUGUGCUAAUCGGAAAACAUGGCGUUGGCGUUCUCUUUAUCUUCUCCAUAUGGAUGUCCAUCCGACGAGGAGGAAGAGAUGGCUGUGUUCGAGUCCACAGCAGCAGAGCACGGAUGCCUGACCAGGCCGCGUCUGCCUGAGCUCUCGGUCAUUUCUCCUGGUCUGGAGCCUCGAUCAUCUGUUGCAGCUCAGAAAGUAGUAAAGAAAUCUGGAAUCUGUGAUGAAGGGAAUAUGGAGAAGGUGAAUGUUUUCCUGCGUAUCCGACCGCUUACAGACUUGGAGAAAGAACAGGGCGAAGAGCAGGGCAGUGUGACUGUCCAAGAUGAUGCCACCGUGCUGCUCAAAGCUCCAAGAGAGUCUCAGAAUUCAAAGACGGCAGAGAAGGGAGUCACUCAGAGCAUUCACAAAUUCAGUUUCUCCAAGAUCUUUGGUCCAGAAACGACGCAGCAACAGUUUUAUGAUGCCACGCUGAAGAAAAUGAUAAAUGAAGUUCUUAAAGGAGAGAACAGGCUUCUGUAUACAUAUGGUGUCACCAACUCUGGAAAGACCUACACCAUCCAAGGCAGCGGUCAGGAAGCAGGCCUCCUGCCUCGAGCUCUAGUAUCCCUGUUCAGGAAGCUGCAGGGCCGCCUUUACAGCGCCAUGGACCUGAAGCCUGUGAUGUCUCAGGAUGUGAGGCAGCUCGACUCAAGUGAGGUCAAGAUGGAGGAAAUUCGCAAAAACUCUCUGCUCAAGGAGGAUGAAAAUCUAACGUCUCGGCGAGCUGGGACUACCACAGUUUGGGACAGCGGCGUUGGAGGACUUUCCUCCACAACUCAGAUCACUACACAACUGGAAGACACUGACAGUGUGUGUUUGGAGCCGGACAGCCUUUCUCUCAGUGGAGGGGACGACCUGGAAGAAGGGGUGCAGUUUUCCAUCUGGGUGUCCUACUUCGAGAUCUACAAUGAGUUCCUGUAUGACCUGCUGGAUACCUCACUCUCCCUGCAGUCCCGAAAAAGAAUCACACUGCGGCUGAGUGACGACAAGCAGGGCAACCCCUACGUGAAAGACCUUACCUGGAUCCAGGUGCGGAGCGCAGAAGAAGCCUGGAAGGUUUUAAAAGCUGGAUGUCGAAACCAGAGCUUUGCCAGCACUCAUCUUAAUCAAAACUCCAGCAGAAGCCACAGCAUCUUUUCCAUCCGCGUUCUGCACGUCCACCCCGAUGCAGUUCCAGGGCAAGCUUUGCAAAUCAGCGAGCUGACUGUGUGUGAUCUGGCCGGAUCUGAACGCUGCAAAGAGCAGCGUCUUGGAGAAAGGAUGAAGGAAGCCACCAACAUCAACACCUCCCUUAUGACCCUGGGGCGCUGUAUCAGCGCCCUGAGGCACAACCAGAACAAAUCACGGCCACCUCAAGUGGUACCCUUUAGGGACAGCAAACUGACGCGCGUCCUGCAGGGCUUCUUCUGUGGGCGGGGAACCUCUUGCAUGGUGGUCAACAUCAACCCAUGUGCUUCCACCUACGACGAAACCCUUCAGGUCCUCAAGUUCUCUGCAAUUGCGACGCAGCUCGUCCACGGCCCAUCUACUAAGACCAGAGUGGCCUACAUUCUGUCCAUGCUUCGUGAGCAAACGGCCAACAGGAACGAAAGCACUGUGAUGGAGGAAGAAGAGGAAGAAAGUGAUGUUGAAGACGGAGACAUCACCAUGUUAAACACUGAGACUUUGCUGCAAGCAAUUGAUGUCCUAAAGCGAGAAGUGCGGCGCCAGCGUGAAGAGAAAGUGGCUCUGGAGGCCAACGUGAGGGAGCAGGUGGUCUCUGAGAUGAUGGAAGUCAUCACCAACAUGCAGGAAGGUUUCAAGGAAACCCUAGAGACUGAGAAAGGUCUGAUUGAAGAGCUGUAUGAAAACAAGAUCGCCUGCCUGCAGAAACAUCUGCAGAAAUUCUACAGCCGAGAGCUCGAGGAGCGGGAUCAGGAGAUUGAGGCUUUAAAGGCAGCUCUAAAAGAACAAAAGAAGGCAGCGGAAGGACCGGUCUCUAUGCUGGAGCCUUUAGGAGACUCUGAUUGUCCUCGGCGGUCGCAGCGGCUCAGCUCCAACGACGUCUGCAGACUGCGAGCUGAACUUGAACAGUGUCGCAUCGAGCUUUUCGCCAAGACUCAAGAACUAAUGAAGCUGAGGGCGCAGUCCGAAGUGCCUGGUUCAGCUGGAACUGUCACUGGUGCAGCUGAGCGCAAGCUGCAGGGCUGUCAAAGGAACCUGCGGCAGCUGCGUCUGGACUUGCUGAGGCUGGGAGAGGAGCUGCAGUCUGGGGAGAGAGCCUGCUGUCGCAACACGGGCGGGGAGAGGCUGCGCCACACAUUAACGGCUGCAGAUGAGACACUUGUUAAGCAGAACCAGAUCCUGACGGAGCUGCAGAAUGGCCUGAUGUUGGUCAAAGCUGAGCUACGGCGCAAAGCGGAGACCCAGAUGGGCCGCCCUGAGCUGCAACCGGCGGGCUUCGCCACGCCCACCACAUCGGGCUUCUGUAAAAAGCGGGGCUGCACGCCCACCGGCGACACGGAAAACCGCCCGCCACAGAAGCGUCCCUUUUUCCAGUCCCUGUUCCCGCCGCGAACCCCAACACCCAGAUACUGCACCCGCGGCGCCGAAGAAGCCAACGCCACCCCAUACAUGCGGGUUCUAAGGUCACGCCAACAGACCCCCCCUCCUAGCCCAGUCCUCACGCCUCGUAGUGUCAGAGCGAAGCACUGAGCUGAAAUUCUCACAUCAUUCAAAAGAAAAGUUGCUGGUUAUCUUUAUACUGUUCUCAUACGUUAAUCGCCUGCUUUUUGCUUAACUUGCUGCCGUGCCAGAUAGUUACUUUAUAAGCCAGUAAAGCUGCAGGAGACAAAAGGAAACUGAUGUGUGUAAGAACAUCAAAGUACAAGCUUCUGAAGUAAAAAAGUUUAUUUCUGAUUCCAUUGACUUUAAUAAAAGUAAAGUGUAAUGGAAGCUCAUGUUUGCAGUAACUUUUAAACUGUUUUGAAUAAAAAUGAAACGGCUUUGAUCUUA